UGUUAAAGGAUCUCAGAGUGGACAGCAGACCUUAUUUAUUUUACAGUCCUCUACAACCAUAACAAAUCCAAUCCUAGGAGACUGUGUUGAGAAAUAGGGAAUAAGAAGGCGAAGCGAAAUUACUGAUUGUUAUUGGGCUAGAAGUGAUCUAACAGCAAGCCACAAAAUCCAUUACUUGCUAAAUCUACUGUGGUGAGAAUCUAACAGAAGAUUUCCCCACAUGCCACAAGAAAGCAUCUUUACUGACUGCCCCUCAAUGGAUGGUCCCCCUACAGCUAAUUCUUGUUAUCAUUUAUUUUCCACAAUCUUAUUGAUAUUAUUUAGCCUUAUUUACAGUUAUAUAUGUGUAGGGUGGGGGAAGGAGAGCUCAUACUCUUGUAUUCAUACUUAAGUAAAAUACUGGUUGAGCAAUAUGUUCCAGUAUUAUUUGUUUGAAGUCUGGAUUGCCAUCCAGGUUGUAAUGGUGGUGGGUUUAGUAUUCAUUGGCAUUAAAUCUUGGUCAUCAAAGAAGAAGAAAUACCCACCAGCUGUGGGUGCAUGGAUGGUUGUGAGGGACCUUGUUCUCUACAAGGAUAAGGUGCCUCAUAGAACAUUUUACCAGUGGGCUAAAUGCUAUGGUCCUGUCUAUUUUGUCCGUACUGGCUUUUCAUCUGCUGUUGUUGUAUUGAAUUCAGCAAAACCUGCCAGACAAGCCAUGACAGACCAUCAUUCAUCCAUCACAGCGAAAAAACUGACCACAGCCUUGAAAGUGCUGUCGUUGGAUAAGUCAAUGGUGGCCCUGUCAGACUAUGGAAGAGAUCAUCGUUUAAUGAAGAAGCUCAUGGUUUCACACCUUCUCGGAACUGCUCCUCAAAGAAAUAAUGCAUUCAUGCGAGAGGAAAUGGUGCAGAAGCUAGUAACUUCCAUGUAUCUUGAACUCAAGAAAGCUUGCAAUGAUACAGUGAACAUGAGCAAGAUAAUUCUAGAUCACUUGUUUCAUUUUGCUCUAAAUCAGGUGAUAGGCAGAACUGUGGAACCCUUAUACGUUGAAGAGUUGGGUAGUGAAAUUGUAUCAGUGCAAGACAUGUAUGAUAUCAUAGUUGGGGAACCUGGAACUGCUGCUCUAGAAAUCAAUUGGAGAGACUUUAUUCCUUAUGUAAAUCGAUGGUUUCCUAACAAGAAACUACUUAGAAUGUUAGAUAAUGUAACGAGGAGGAGGACAGCACUUGUGAGGGCUCUCAUUCGCCAAGAGGAGGACCUUUUAUCCUCAGGAAAGGAAUCGAAAGGAUAUCUAGACAUGCUUCUCAAGGAAGGGGAGAUUCUGAGUGAGAGGCAGCUGGAGACUGCAAUAUGGGAGCCUGUUAUUGAAAGCACUACCACAAGUCAUGUUGCUAUGGUCUGGGCUUUCUUCAACCUCGCCAAGCAUCCUCAUACUCAGGAACGACUGUACACAGAGCUAAAGCAAGUAUGUGGAAAGAAAGCAGUAGAAGAAGAGGAUUUGGGGAAGUUGGCAUAUCUGAAAGCAAUAUUUUAUGAAACAGUACGCAGGCAUUCUCCUUUGCCUCUACCGCCACUACGUAUCGUUCACGAGGAUGUGGAGAUUGAAGGGUACCAUGUUCCAGCAGGGUGGCAGAUAUUAAUCAAUAUAUGGGGAGCAAACAACUAUGAGGGAGAAUGGGAAAAUGCAAAUGAGUGGAAUCCAGAGAGACAACUCAAGUUUCCAAUAGAAGAGGAUAUUUAUAGGAAUGUGGUGUUUGGAGCAGGGAAUAGGUUGUGUGCAGGAUGGGCACAAGCAGUGACAAUAGCCUCCUUAGUUAUUGGGAGGAUUGUUCAAAAUUUCAAAUUGGAAAUGCCAAUUGGACAUGAGGAAGACUAUGACACAAUAGAAAACACAGGAACUCAUAAGUUGCGUCCUCUCUUUUGUAUUCUCACACCUAGAAAUGUCUAAUUCAUGUCCCCAUGUUUUGCAUUCGGAUAAUAAUAUUUAUGAUGCAUCAUAUUUUAUGAUGCUUAACAUUA